AUGAGGUUCAAGACGGAAUUGAAGAAUGUGCGAACAUUCUCAAAGCUUACGGCGGCUCUGUCGUCGCUCGAAAAGAUCGCGUGGAUGCGCCUGGACGACGAUACGGUGCGCUUCACCGUGAUACCAGACCAGGGUUCACAAGUAUGGGCCUCGCUCUCGAUGGACCAUAUUUUCGACUCGUACCAACUUCAGUCCGCUGAGCCGUCCAACACAAUCAAUCUUGAGCUACCCUUGGGCCCACUCCAGCGCGCCCUCAAAUCUGCCGUCAAUGGCACGUCUGCCAGCUUGCGUCUCACCAAAAAGGACGGCAUCCCCCUCCUAUCCAUGACCAUUACAACGUCGACAUCCAACGGCAAUGCCUCGGGCGCACCGUCGCGGUUCGGGCCCACGGGCGGAGCCAGCAGGAGCAGACGCAAUCACAACGACUUGGACGAGGCGGAGCGCCUCUUUGGCGGAGCUGACGGCGACGACGAUGAUGGCGUCUUCAACGUUGAACCUCUCGAAACGCACUUGAAUCGCGAGCGCGAAAAGAUUGUUACCCAGGAUAUACCUGUGCGCGUGCUGCACCCAGAGCACGUCGAGACCAUUAUGCAGCCCAAGGUGCGCGAGCCCGACGUACACAUCCAGCUGCCGGCCCUCUUGUCCCUCAAGGCCGUGUCGGACCGCUUCACCAAGCUUGCGCUGGCGGCCAGGGCGGGCGGCGGAAAUUCUGGCGGCAGCGGCAAUAGCAUGGCGUACUCGCCCAAGCUUGAGAUUGCAGCCAACAUGCACGGCUCGCUCCGCUUGAGUCUCCAUGCCGAGACCCUCGACAUUGCAAGCCAGUGGGAUAAUCUCGAAAAUCCGCUGCUAGAUCCUAGCCAGCUGCAGUGCCCCAUUGAUGAACACCCGUCCACCAAGUUCCGAGAAGAAGGUCCGGACAAGUGGGCGACCGUACGAGUCGACGGCAAGGAUUGGAGCAAGGUGCUCAGCGUAGGCCGUCUUGAGGGAAGAGUCAUUGCCUGUUUUGCCGACGAGCACGCUCUGAUUCUGUACGUCUACGUACCUCAGUACGACGACGUUGGGGCCGAAGAUAGUGUUGUGACAUACUAUGUUUCGUCUUACAGUCUAUGA